UUUCUCUAACCUCUAUUAUAUAAGAAAUGUGCUCUUAUAUUGUAGUCAUGUCAACAUAUCAAUUAGGUGUGGGGGAGUGUGUGCGUGUGUGUGAUCCUGUAUCUCUUUGUGAUGGACUGGUGACCUGUUCAGGAUGUAUUCUGCCCCUCACCAAAUGAGUGCUGCAUGCUGCAGAUAGGUACUACCGUCCCCAUGAUGCUGCAAGGAUAACAGCAGGCAUAGAAAAUGGGUGGAAUAAACAGUGGUUGGGGGCUGUUGUUGGAAAAUACAACUUUUUGUGGCACUUAAUAAAAAUCUGAAGGAGGUAAAUAUAUGAUUUGAAUUGGGGCACCUGCAACCUGGUGGCUUAUGCCAUAUUCAAAUGUUAGCUAAGCCUCUGUCAUGACACAUUAAGUAAUAUAAGAGGUUUCUAUUUUAAGAGGUGUCAAACACAAGAACACAAGAGUAAAAAAAUGUAAAGUAAAAUCUUAUGCAAAAUAUUAGACUUUAUAAACAGACCCUCUCCCAAAUGGUCAAAAUGUAUGAAGUCUUUGCAUGCAACAGUAGGUACCUUAUUUUUGAAAAGAGAACAUCGCAACGCCUUAAACCCCUCCCCCUGAUCUUAGCAGUUUGUUCCCACAUCUGCACUCACCUACACUCUGAUGUGCAUGAUGUUGAAAACCCACAUCAUGCUGACUAACUUGGUUCUGAUCAGUACUGGUAAAUUUCACCACAGGCUUCAGGCUGACGGUGUGCUGCAAAUCAUUUUGUCCAUUUCGCUGACUCGUGCAUUUCCAUGGUCAGACCACAUCCUUUGAGAAAAACACAUAAAGGGCAGGGUGAUUGUCUCCAGUUGCACAUUCACCACCAGAUCAAAGAUAGAAAUAAGAGGAAAUGUUGUCUCUGAGGGGUUUCGUUGCUUUCAUCUCCUGUGUCUUCUUCUUUUCUUUCAACUCAAGUUAUGGUUCUGAGAUUAUUGAUGGGAAUGAAGUGGAGCCCCACUCACUGCCCUACAUGGCUCUGCUGGAGUCAAACGUACCGACCUGUGGAGGAAUAUUAAUUGAUCCCAACUGGGUCCUGACAGCAGCACACUGCAAAGAUGUUAAGACUGUACUGCUGGGGGUGCACUCUAUCAAAGAAAAGGAAAAGGAAAAACAAUACAGGCAGGUCCGAAGUGUGUCAAAACACAUCAUCCAUCCCUGCUAUGAUGAGGAUGAAAAACUCAAUGACCUCAUGUUGAUCAAGAUAAACAAGCCAGCGAAAAAAACCAAAUGGGUUCAAAGUCUUAAGUUGCCAACUGCUGUAAAAGAGCCAGCAACCGAUUCCGUCUGCAUGGUGGCUGGAUGGGGAAAAACAAACAACGUUGGCAAAAUGUCUGACGUCCUGAUGUCCGUCAAUGUGACGGUAAUCGACAGAGAGAAGUGCAACUCUCCAGAUUAUUACAACCUUAAGCCGUAUAUUAGCAAGAACAUGCUUUGUGCCGGGUCAGAUGGUCAAAACAAUGCCGACACCUGUCAGGGGGAUUCGGGAGGACCAAUACUGUGCAAAAAAGUUCUAGUUGGAGUCACAUCAUUUGGGAAGUUUUGUGGCUUAAAAAAGAAACCUGGAGUUUACUCUUUCCUGUCAGAAAGGCAUCUUAACUGGAUCAAGAAGGCAAUGAAGACACAUUAAACUGAAUAACUCAUAUCUAUAUUGUACUGUUAAGUUCUCACAAUCCCUUUUCUGUCUUCUGUAUGUAUUUAUUUAUUUGGUUUUUACUUUAAAAUAUUUUAUACAAAUAGAAAACAUAUCCGGUCUUGACUCAUUACAGUAAAUAAAACUUUAAAGGAGAAGAAGUUAUUGUUGGCAAAUUAAAAUAAAUGGGCAAAAGUAUAAAAUAGACACUUUCCUCUCCUCCCUCAGUCUCCUUUUAGAAACAGGAAAAGCACUGAAAGAAAAAAAACAAAAAAAAACAUAUUAUAAAGCUUUUCAGAUGUCUCAC